AAACAAGGCUCUGUGCGUCUGCAAGGAGGUCGCUCCAAGCUAGAUGGCAGGGUGGAAGUCUAUCUGGGAGGAGUGUGGGGGUCUGUGUGUAGCGAUGACUGGGGGGACGAAGACGCUGCAGUGGUUUGCAGACAGCUGGGCAAGGGGAUCUCAGGUCGUGCACGUGCAGUUCCCCUGUUUCGUCCAAGCAUGGCCAAGCUCCAUUGGAGGGCGGUCCAUUGCCAGGGAGAGGAGCCAGACCUGCUCCUGUGUCCUAAGACUGCUUGGAAUGGAGGGGAAUGUUCUCUGGCUGCAGCCAUCACAUGCACACAGCAGCAAGCAGUAGUGACGCUCCCUAUACGGCUGGUGGGGGGUCGAUCGGGGUCAGAGGGCACAGUGGAGGUCUUCCAUGCAGGGCAGUGGGGUUCCAUAUGUGACGACCAAUGGGACGACAGUGAUGCAGAGGUGGUGUGUCGACAACUGGGGCUGAGCGGUGUGGCGAAGGCAUGGGGCCAGGCACAUUUUGGCAAAGGUUCAGACCGUGUCUGGCUGGAUGAGGUGCGUUGCACAGGCAAUGAGCUCACUCUGGAGCAGUGUCCAAAAAGUGCCUGGGGGGAACACAACUGUCUGCACUCUGAGGAUGCAGGAGUGUCCUGCAUCCCUCUGACAGAUGGCUCUGUUAGGUUGGUAGGGGGCACCAGCAGCUAUGAGGGACGUUUAGAAGUAUUUUACCGUGGUCAGUGGGGGACAGUGUGUGACGACGGCUGGACAGACUCUAACACACAAGUCGUGUGCCGACAACUUGGUUACAGAUUAGGUGAGACUCUCCUUUCUGAAGGACUAGACAUCACCUCAGUCCCACGCUUCGGGGUGGGGUCAGGUCCCAUUCUUUUGGAUGAUGUGAGCUGCACAGGGAAAGAGCCUAGCCUAUUGCUGUGCAACAGGAAGGAGUGGCUCCGACAUGACUGCACACACCAUGAAGAUGUGAACAUUGCGUGCAGCACUGAUCGCAAUGGAGACAGUCUUCCAACGAGUGUACCAAUAAGGCUUGUGGGAGGAGAGAGCCCUAGGGAAGGCCGGGUGGAGCUCUAUCUGGCUGGACAAUGGGGGACCGUGUGUGAUGACGGAUGGACUGAUCGUGAUGCUGAGGUGGUGUGCCGACAGCUGGGAUACAGUGGGGUUGCAAAGGCCCGUGUGAUGGCGUACUUCGGGGAAGGGACAGGGCCCAUCCACGUGGACAAUGUUAAGUGCGGCGGCGAGGAGCGUUUGUUAGCAGACUGCAUCAAACAGACACUUGGCACUCACAACUGUCGCCAUAGUGAGGACGCUGGGGUCAUCUGUGACUAUGGUGAAUCACAACCCAGCUACAAAGAGGUCAAAGAUCCUGUCAACUCAAUUUGUGGUUUGCGGCUCAUACACACCCGCCAGCGGCGAAUCAUAGGAGGAGAAAACUCUCUGAGGGGUGGCUGGCCAUGGCAGGCUGCAGUUCGUUUGCGAGGAUCUCGAGGAGACGGGAGGUUGGUGUGUGGAGCGACUCUCAUUGACACCUGCUGGGUCCUCACCUCAGCACACUGCUUCAAGAGGUACGGAAACAGCACCAAGCAAUAUAAAGUUAGAGUGGGCGACUACCACUCCCUCGUCCCUGAGGAAUACGAAGAGGAGUAUGGUGUCGAUCAGAUUGUCCUCCAUCCAGGCUACCACUCCCAUAACAACGAUUACGACCUGGCCUUGGUUCGUUUGUCACCGGGGGCCGUGGGCCAGAUACCGGGAGAGUGUGUGUCAUUCAGCCGUCAUGUUCUUCCCGCCUGUCUGCCCAUAAGGAAAGAGAGAGUGCUCAAACAAGCCAGCAACUGUCAUAUUACCGGCUGGGGUGACACGGGCCGCUCAUACUCCAAGACCCUACAGCAGGCCCCCCUCUCUUUACUUCCCCGGCGUCAUUGCCAGCAGCAUUUCCACAGUGCCUUCACAAGCCGCAUGCUCUGCGCCGGCAGCAUCCAAUCAGAAAGACGUGUGGACAGUUGCCGUGGUGACAGUGGAGGUCCGUUGGUGUGUGAGCGUCCGGGAGGGGGUUGGGUGGUUUACGGGGUCACGUCCUGGGGUCAUGCCUGUCGGACACAACAGUCCCCCGGCGUCUACACCAAAGUCUCUGCCUUCAGCUCCUGGAUACACAAGGUGAUUGGCCGUGAUGACAGGAAAGAGAAAAAGCGAUGAAAGGUGAAUGACAAAUUUGAAGAAUUGACCUCUCGAUCAGAAAGAAUGACAUUCAAAGACUUACUCGAUUGGUCAGGUGACAACUCAUACAACAAUGUGUUACUGAUGUGAUGAUGUUAUGACCUGAUUAUCCAGUGAUGUAAGUUGUAACCUGACUAUCAAAUGGAGAUCACAAGUCAACGCUGGACUUCUUUUUUUUUUUUGGCGAGAGGAAGGCUUUUCUGUCUUUUCUCUCAUCUAAGUCAUAAGCACUUAUUUUAAUGAUUUAAUAUUCUCUUAAGCUGCAAGAUUUUGGAUGGUGGUAAAUCUCACACUCAAAAAAAUGUAACCGUAACUUAAAUAUCUUUGUUGUUUCUUGUGACAUUGCAUACUACACUUAAAAACAUUAUUUUUUUUACCAAAAUAAUGUUUUCUGUGCUUGCUUUUGUUGUAAAGUUGUGAUUUAUGGUAUGCACUGUGAUUAAAAUGGUUGAAAAGGGACCACAGUAAAAAAGAAAAAAGAAAGAAGAAAAACAGGAUACAUGCAUGCACUCAUGCGUACAUAGUAAGUAAUGGCAUGAUAUGAAGUUGCAGUAUUGCACUAAGAAUCCCCCUUUAGGUACUUAUUGUAUGAUAUUCAGUGCUUUUGUGUUAAGCAUUCUGGUCACAUUGACAUUUGCCAAAUUGAAAUAUGCAUUUCAACCUGAUUUCAUUAUUGUUUAUGUAAUGUGUCUCCAUUGGGCUCAUUGUUUUGCUGUGUAAAGAGCAGAUUUCAGGUCUUAGUAAUUACUCAGGCAUUUAUCAUUUACAAGCAGUCAGUAUUUGUCCUUAACUCAGUGCUGCUUGGCAUUUGUAGAGAAAGGAAGGGACUAAAGUGUUUCUGAAUCAAAGCACAUAACAGCAUUUCUAAGUGUUGACUUGUCGUAUCGACACUGUUAAUUCAUGUUCUUUUGUUCUAGUAGGAUAGUUAAGUGUUGUCGAGGUUUUUCUCAACACUGAAUGGAGACAAUCUGGUACACUUGAAAAAAUAACUACACUGCCUUCUUAUUUGGUGUUUACUGACUAUGUGUUAUUUUUUAAUGUACUGUAACAUUUCUUUAUAAAUAGGUUUUUGUAAAAAAAAAAAAAAGUGAGUUUGUUGUGUGUUUAAUUAAGAAACUUAAAAGUUUUAAGUCAUACUGUAAUGGCCAUAGUCUGUUUAUGUAAAAACAUUUUAUUUGUCACUGAAUAUAUAUUUUAGGUGGUUGUUGCACUUUAUGUUACACUUUCUGUUAUUCCCACACAUCUGAAUGGUGACAGCAGCUGGAACAACAGAGCUCUUUCAGGUUUGUUUCUGACUGCAAACUGUCAAAGUGAGCGCCACUAUGUCAGACAAUGUGUAUGCACACACGCCCACGCACACACAGUGUCACUGGUUUGUCACACAGUGUCGACAGGAAUGGCAGCCAUUUUCUGAGUUGUUCUUAUUUACAAGGCAAACAUGGCAUGUUGACUUAACACCCAUUUAAGAACUGGGACCAACUGCCACAGUGGGAAGCUGCAUGUAAUCUUGGCAACAUAAAUGCAAAUUAUUCUCAUCUUUCCAACAUUUCUUUUUCUUCAUGUGCUUAAAAGUUAGUUGCAGUGAUUUAACUUUUGACCAGUUAUUGUUAUAGCUUUGCUCCUUGUAUCAAAGCACUUCAUUUGUUCCGCAUUAUCUGUAUGUUUGAUCAUGUUAAGCCAAAACCUUCAUCGACACGGUUUAUUAUAGUACAGUACAGUAUGUUUUACUGUAAUAUCAAACAGAAUAUUACCACCUUGUGGUUAACCCAUUACAUUAAACUGCUUCCAUGAAUCUGUAUGGAUGGCAUUUGCACAUCCUGCUGCGUAAGUGAAAUUUCUAUCUCUAAAUAACGGUCUUUUCCUUUAUACAAUUUAUGUUUACUUAUAGACCUAACUGAGACAUAGAGUACUGUGAUUUAAUGUAUUAUUUGUUUUCAAAAGCAUUUAAAAAAUCUGAAUGUACACAAAACCAACCAUAAGCCAAGACAAUGCUUCAAAUUAUGUUGAAAGGCAUCAUAGAAAUAACGAAGUGGUCUGGCUUUGUUGACUAAUUGGAUUUCUAAGCUUUUACUUGAUUUUAAAAUAUUUUAUGAGACAUGAUGCUAAAAAUGAAAUGCAAAUGUCAUCAUGCCUUACUGCCUUUAUACUGUUCCUUUUUAUCCUCAUAGACACAAUUGAACUAUUUGUCAACCAGACACACACUGGCAGUUAUGCAAAUGUGUGCCCGUUUUGCGCACACAUGAACACAGAGGCAGAUAGUUCAUUUAACUAAUAAGCUCGGAAGGCACAACAUGCUGCAGGGGGUUUGUGGGUGUAAACGUGCAGCUCCAUUUUUCACACCUGCUGAAUUGACUGCCUGAACUCACCGAACUGCUCUGAGCGAGAGCAAAGCUGUCCUUAUUGUCUGAAAGCACCCUCCUGUGGUCACUAUCACACUUUACAAAAUAUUGGAGCUCAUUUUAUAUGGGAAUUAGGACACUAUAAAACAUGUAAAAUAUUAAACAUAACAAAAAUGAUUUAUAAUUAAAAAAAAAUUAUAUAUUUUAUUCCCAAUGCCCUUUUUGGGAAGGACAUUGGAAAUUAGCAGUAGGUAUAAAUGCUGUGAUACAUUGCAUUGGAUACUUGUUGUAUAGUGUAUUUGUCCCUAUCAAAUAAACAUAAAAUGAAUAAAAUGAAA